GUUACCAUUACCGUUACUGCCAAGACAAACAAUGUUCCCCUUCGGCAAAGUUUCGUGAAGUCCACAGGAUUCAAAGAAAAGGGACAUUGCAUAAAUGUGUUCGACAGGCACCCGUCGUCUAGAUUUUUCCUGUUUUUUCCAUUGUUAUUAGCUUUGAGGCGAGCUAGAUAUUGCUAAAAGACGAGUGUCAUCGUGCUGAACAAGCUAAUGCUGUGGUCACGUUAGUCACUUGUCUUCCUCAAACACAUCCAAAAGGAGAAUAUCUCGAGCUCCGACAUCCGUAAAGAAAGAAAGUCUGUUGUCAUAAAAUUGUAUUUUAGCCUUCUGUCGACCGAGAUAAUUUAUCGAUAAUGUUAGGGAAAAUUGCUCUCCUGCUCUGCCUCGUGCUCACCGCCCUAGCCAUUCCUCGUCCAAACGUUCCAGAAGGAUCAGAGAACGACGUCUCCAUUUGUUCGCUACCCCCAGUCAGCCAGGGCACGAAGAAAUGCCGAGGUUUCUUCCCACGCUGGACUUACGACGCCAAAACAAAAUCAUGCACAGGGUUUUUGUAUGGCGGUUGCGGAGGCACUGAAAAUCUGUUCCAAACUGAAUUCGCCUGUCUGGCAAGAUGCAAUAAACAGGGACUAGAGAAACUUAUCAAACGAAGUAAUCCCAAAUCACGCUGCAUGCAACCAAAAGCCGAAGGUCUUUGUCGGGCAGUCAUUCCGAGUUUCUUUUUUGACGUGCAAACUGGCAAGUGCACGCUUUUCGAUUUUAGCGGUUGUCAUGGUAACGACAACAGAUUCGCCACGGAAGAGGAAUGUGAGCAGGCAUGUUACCACUACCCAACGUAUUGGCAAGAUACUCGCAAUCCGCCUUCAACGUUUAAUCCCACCGGAGUAACUACCUUAGGUAGCGACCAUGGAGAUGUUCAUCAAGAAACCCUGGAUGUUUGUUCGCUACGUACUGUAAAUCCAGGGCCAAAGAGGUGCAAAAUCAAUACUCAAGGGCGCUGGACGUACAACAGCAAGACAGGAAGAUGCGAUCACUUCGAGUACAUACCUUGUUCCAGCGUUGAUCCACCGAAUUUAUUCUUAAACGAAUUCGCUUGUCUGGCCAGAUGCAAUGAACAAGGACUGAAGAAGCUGAUUGAUUCAAGUGAUCCUUCGUCGCCCUGUAUGCAGACAAAAGCUGCUGGCAAUUGCCGACUUUUCAUUCCUAGAUUCUUCUUUGAUAAGCAAACUGGAACGUGCGCGUCGUUCAUAUACACUGGUUGCGGUGGUAACGACAACAACUUCAAGUCGCAGGAGGAAUGCUACCUCAAGUGUAACAAUAAUGGCUCACUAGAAGAAUCCGACUCAGUUACGGUCAAUUAUGCUGCAGGUACAGCUAAUGUUGAAGUCGUUGAAGCUUGAUCAUGCCAGGCUUUCCUUGAUCGCAUCUUCUUUAAGUCUCCAGUUACAGUUAUUUUUCCAGGAAUUGAACUGAUUGACAGAACCGACGAUACUAUAGAAAUGAAAGUCGAACAACCGUGAGCUUGCUGGUCGUUAGACUAUUUUUCACUAUGUAUAAUAACUUGUUAUAAUUCAUUUUUAUUUUGGUAAAAUUGUAAUGGUUGGAAACCAUAGUUUCUUAGAUAAAUGUAUUCUGGCUGCCUUUACCAAGCGAUUGCAUGAAACUUGUAUUGCUGUCUGAUUAUUAAUGAAUUUACAGGCUGAACUCA